AUGAACGAUCUUAUGAUAAAAUCGUUCACAAGUUAUGUGGAAUUGAAGAAGCAAGCUCAUUUGGAUCUUGAUACAGAGAGGGAUUUGGAGAUGGGUCAACUCAGCCGCACUGAUGAAGUCAAUCUUUCCAACUACUUCCAUAAAAUCAAAGCAGUGAAGGCCGAUGAUAUUGAAACGAUUACUAAUCUCUUGAUUGAUCUUCAAAAUAUGAAUGAAGAGACAAAAAUUACUCAUGGUCCCAAAGUUCUUCGUGGCCUUAAAGAUCGAAUGGAUUUUGACAUGAUAUCUGCCUUUCGCAAAGUCAAGAUUGUCAAGGCAAAACUUGAAGCUCUUGACAAAUUCAAUCUGGCUAAUUGUAAAUUAUCAGUGGCAUAUGCUGAAGGCACUGUAGUUGAUCGGACGAGAGUGAACAUGACUAAUAGAAUUGAGGUUGGACGAGGCACGAGGCUGUAA